AUGAGCGGUCGUAACGAACAAAUAAGAGAGGAUUAUCCAGUAGAUGCAUUUGCAGAGUACCAAGAACACACUGGAGGUUCAGAUAAUGGCAAAAACUUCGGUGAACAUAGUACUGAAAGUUACAAUAAAAUAUUGGGCAUGGGGCAAGAUGAUUACGCGGCACCUUUGCCAGUAUCACACGAUUUAGGCCCAAAGAAUGAGAAUCCGAACAUGAACCCAUUGGCUAAUGUAGGCCAAGAGAGAAGUGAGAGUAAUGAAAUGAGAGGAUUCACUAAAGAUGAUUUUACUAACGUUCCAGGCACCGGAGGAACAAGAACCGCUGAUAGGUAUGAAGGUAAGCACUUAUCUCACUCAAAAUCCGGCACAAGAGAUAGUGCCGGAAUGACAGGAAGUGAACAUAAAGAAUCGUCAGAUUCGAGCAAACCUUCUGGUUUCGCCAAAGUGAAAGAUUUGAUGACCAAGCAUCACCUUAUGAAAGGUAAUAGUAAGAGUGACAAAUCAAAGAGCGAAUCAGCUAAAGGUCGCAGUGACAUGGAAAAAAACAAUGUGGGAGAUGAUGAUAUGUUGAAAAAUGGGACAAUGGGUGCUGGCGCUCAAAUGCAUGGCAAUACUAAUGCGCCCUCAACUAACCCAUCCAUGGGCAUGCCGAUGGAGAUGAAAGGUGGGGACACAAUGGGAUACGGAGAAGGUAAGGUUCCUGUGACAAGCGAAAGAAAUGCUAUGAAUCCGCCAAAGACAACCGUCGAUGAUGCCGAUAUUACUCAAGAUCCAAUCGCGUCUGCAAGAGCUCAAAUGAAUGAAAUGUCUGCGCACGAAAAACAAAAGAAAUCAGGUAGUUCACAUUCAGCCGAUUGGAACAAAAGCAAAUUGAGUUCCUCCAUGAGAACUGCAGAAAAUGAGCGUUUAAGGGAUCCUUUAUCGGGUGACACGGGUAUAAGCGGUGAAGGGCAAGGCCCUCACAGGGGUCGUGAGUUAAUUGACGAAGGAACUGCAGGAGCUUACGCUAAUGCUGUUGGAAAUUCGCCAAGUCUUGUUGAUCCAUCUGUGCCAACUUAUGCCCACAAACAACAUAGCACUGAUGCAGGUACGAAGGAUGAGCGCGCAAACUACAUGAUGCAUACUGGUGGAAUGCAAAGUGGUAGAAAAGUAUCAGUUGGCUCAAACAAUCAAGAUGUUGAAAUGGGUGGUGUUCACAGCUCAGCACCUGUGACAGAGGAGACAAAUAUGGGAUAUCGUUAUCAUGGUAAAGACACUAUUCCAAGAGCGGGCCAGAUGGAGCAUGAACAUGAAAAUGAUUACUCAGAGAUCGGAGAGCCUCAUGGCCAUAAACCUGGCAUGUUUGAACGUAUUAAACGUACUCUUUCAAACAAAAGUGAUCAUUAA